CUCCUAUCCAUUUCACUCGCUCAAUCAAUCUUCUGAAACCCGAGUUAACCAAUUUCAUCAAAUUCUCAAACCCUAGCUUUUCUUCAAUGGCUCGUACCAAGCAAACCGCUCGCAAAUCCACCGGCGGAAAGGCACCGAGGAAGCAAUUGGCCACCAAGGCCGCUCGGAAAUCUGCUCCGGCCACCGGAGGAGUGAAGAAGCCCCACAGGUUCAGGCCAGGAACCGUUGCUCUCCGUGAGAUCCGAAAGUACCAGAAGAGCACUGAGCUCUUGAUCCGAAAGCUCCCAUUCCAGCGCUUGGUUCGUGAAAUCGCUCAGGAUUUCAAGACCGAUCUCCGAUUCCAGAGCUCCGCCGUGGCUGCGCUACAAGAGGCCGCUGAGGCUUACCUUGUGGGACUCUUUGAGGACACCAAUCUCUGCGCUAUUCACGCUAAGAGAGUCACCAUUAUGCCUAAGGAUAUUCAGCUCGCUAGGAGGAUCAGGGGUGAGCGUGACUUUGUAGAGACGCAACAGCAUCACCACCGACCAGUGGUGGUAAAUAUUGACGGAGCCAAAGAGUUUGAAAUAUCAUUCCCCUCUCUCUGCCACGUCAUCGAUCCGAGCCGCACUAAAACCCCCAAUAACAAACCACAACCGUCGAUAAUUCUUAGCAAAUCAACGUCCACGAUCGACCUCCUCUCCCUCCCAAAAUUUCAAUCUCUUCGUAUAAAUCCCCUCCCUCCAAUCCCAUUUCUCUCACACAUUCACAAAAUUUCAAAUCGAAAUCCAACUCAUAGUUUGAAUCUCCGAAACCCUAACCCUAAUUUUCCAACUCCAAUGGCUCGUACCAAGCAAACUGCUCGCAAAUCCACCGGCGGCAAGGCACCGAGGAAGCAAUUGGCCACCAAGGCUGCUCGGAAGUCCGCUCCGGCCACCGGAGGAGUGAAGAAGCCCCACAGGUUCAGGCCAGGGACGGUUGCUCUCCGUGAGAUCCGAAAGUACCAGAAGAGUACCGAGCUCCUGAUCCGAAAGCUCCCAUUCCAGCGCUUGGUUCGUGAAAUCGCUCAGGAUUUCAAGACCGAUCUCCGAUUCCAGAGCUCCGCCGUGGCUGCGCUACAAGAGGCCGCCGAGGCUUACCUUGUGGGACUCUUUGAGGACACCAAUCUCUGCGCUAUUCAUGCUAAGAGAGUCACCAUCAUGCCCAAGGAUAUUCAGCUUGCUAGGAGGAUCAGGGGUGAGCGUGCUUAGAGUGAAGGAGUUCGUGUAGAUAAAAGAUUUUCGGUUGGAAUGGGGUGUCAGAUCUAUGUUAUGGUCUUGCUUUGUUUCUUAGGGUUUAGAUGGUAAUGUUUGAACGCAGUUGAGGCUGCAUUUGAAGCCAUGAAUGUUUUGUAGCGUAGUCAUUUGCACUAAUGGAAAUUAAUGGUUUCUGUUUAAUCUUGUUAAUUUUAAUUUAAACAUUUAAAAAAUGUUAUUAUGGACAUUGCAAUUGAAUAUUUUGUUGCUUUGGAUUAA